ACCUCUGACCCGGAAGCACCUUUCACAAUCGGCACCUAACAACACGGAUGUGCCGUUAGCAUCUCUGCUAGCUACUAACCAAGGUCCGGGGGAAGUUGCAAUAUUCCUCCUGAACUCUGAAUCCUGACGAAGGAUCCGAGGAUCAACGUGUCCGGUGUCUGUUCGUCUGUGAAGUUUAAACUGCACCGGGUUAUCACCGGAGCUAGGUUAGCUUAGCAUCAGCUAACGCUAACCCGAGGCCAGCGGCUGCAGCGUCCUGUGUGAGAGCCACCGUGGAUGUUUUGGUGUAUAACUGUGGUUUAACCAGCAUGUUAACGUCACCACAGCAGCAGGUGUUCACUGUGUAGCUGCAGGUUUCAUGGUGUAGCUCGACACAGGAGAUUAGCCCAAGAGAACCAGGAGCUAGCAGUCAUGGACGAUUUCAGCUCGAUCAGCCUGUUGUCUCUGGCCAUGUUGGUGGGAUGCUACGUGGCCGGGACGAUUCCUCUGGCUGUCAACUUCUCAGAGGACAAGCUGAAGCUGAUCACGGUGCUGGGAGCCGGGCUCCUCUGUGGCACUGCCCUGGCUGUGAUCAUCCCCGAGGGGGUCCACGCACUUUAUGAAGAGAUCCUUGAAAGUGGGCAUAACCACGGCAAGGUCGGGGGGGCAGAGGUGUCCGAGUCGAAGGUGAACGCAGACGCCGCCCUCGGCGCUGGUGAGAAACACGAGCACAGUCACGAGCAGCUCCACGCCUGCAUCGGCGUGUCUCUGGUUCUGGGCUUCGUCUUCAUGCUGCUGGUGGAUCAGAUCGGAAGCGCUCACGUGCACAGCACCGCUGAAGAUCCCGAGUCAGCGAGAGCCGCCUCCUCAAAGAUCACCACCACCCUGGGUCUGGUGGUCCACGCUGCAGCUGACGGCGUGGCGCUCGGAGCUGCAGCCUCGACCUCUCAGACCAGCGUGCAGCUCAUCGUCUUCGUGGCCAUCAUGCUGCACAAGGCCCCGGCGGCGUUCGGUCUGGUGUCUUUCCUGAUGCAUGCUGGUCUCGAGAGGAACCGCAUCCGCAGACAUCUCCUGGUCUUCGCCCUGGCGGCGCCUGUCCUCGCCAUGCUCACGUUUUUAGGCCUCAGUCAGAGCAGCAAAGAGGCGCUGUCAGACAUCAACGCCACCGGUGUGGCCAUGCUCUUCUCCGCCGGCACCUUCCUGUACGUAGCCACCGUGCACGUCCUCCCGGAGGUGGGAGGGGGCGGCGGCCACAGCCACGCUGGCGCCGGAGGGAACGGAGGGAAAGGGUUGAGCAAGGUGGAGGUGGGAGCUCUGGUGCUGGGCUGCCUCAUUCCCCUGGUGCUGUCUGUGGGACACCACCACUAGAACCCGGCUCAGGACGGGUCACAGACGGGUGAACAAGGGAGCGAAGCUGAAACAGAGACUUCAAACUUGGUGGAUAUAAAUGUCUUAUUGCUUGUCGGCUGAUGGACCGCGGGGACCAGGCUCGUUUCGGGCUCAUCUCAUGACUCAGAACCGGAGUUGACUGGGGCGGGGGGGGGAAUGAAGAAAGCGCUGAAUGAAUUCAACACGCUGGUUUUCUCCUGACACCCCCGACAGAUCCUGGUACAGCUGCUGUAUGUGUUGAUCCUUUCCUGACGGACGGAGGCCACCGGACUGCUCAGUUCAUUCACAUCACUGUGGAGUUUUCAGUGUUGCUUUAUCGUUGCUUGUCCAAAGUCAAAGAAUCAACCCUGAUUUGGAUUCCCGUGAUGUUCUGCUCGACGGCCGCUGCACAGUGAGAUUAAGAUCAAGCUGGUGAUGCUGAGAACGUUUUUUUAAAUUGUGUGUAAUUGUACAGCUCUCUUUAAAGUACAGAAUAAUUUGAACUGAUUUUCCAAGUGCCAUAAUUGCAAGUUUGAAACCGACCCCCGAUGAAACAGCGCUGUACAGACUUUACAGUUUGUAAAUGGAUAUUGUUUUCAUGGACACUUGUGUGUUUUCUACAAAUGAACACGUUCAGAUUCAUGUUCCAACCCGUCUCUCUUUAUUUGACCUGAUAACUUUCUGGAUGUGUUCAUUUCUGCUCUGUUUAACUUGGAGGUGAAUCAUAAAUGGUUGUUAGGAAAACUCUGUAUUGAAAAGUGACUGCGUUGUUUAUUUGGAGGGGGGGGAGGGAUUCCAGCAGGUGAAGGUUCCUCAAGGUCAUUAACUCUCUGAACUCGUCUCGGGACCAUCGGCUCUGGAGGACACACAUUUACAGAUUUCUUGGGGAAAUUUUAUUUAGUUUGCUCCUCGAGGAUUUAUGAAUUAUACCUGAGCAAUCAUUGUAAAAACUAAAAGUCACCUUUUCCUCCGGAGUGCAGCAGAGUCUGAAAGUUGCACAGAGGGGUUUGUUGUGUGAUUCAAAUACAAAGACCCAGCGGCUCCAGUAAAACGUUUAACAGUUGAUGCAUUAAAGCGUCAGCAGGAUUCUCCCUCUGGUGUCAGGACUCAUGGAUGUUGUGAGUCUGAAUCACUGGUUAAAGCAGCGCUCGUGUGUUUGUGUAUGUACGUUAUUCACGGCAACUUCUUCCUUCUACAACUAUCAUCGUCUCCUGUGUGAGAUGGAACUGCUUUUAGUUUUAUUUUUUAUUUUAUGUGGACAGGGAUGAACUUUGCAGUACAGACACAGAAGGUGACAGAUGCUCUCUGUUAAAUGUAAAUAUUUAAAGAUCUCACACUCGACUUGUCCCUUAAUUCUGACGAGAGGAAAGUCACCGCGGCGGUUUAGCUUCCCUGGCGUGAUAGAGAGAGAGAGAGAGAGAAGGGGGCGAGUCGCGUGCCGACCAGCAGCUGCAUGACUGUUUUAUUUUUUAUGAAAUACAAAAGGGAAAGAAAAAAAAUUGUUGGCCGACAUCAUGAGUGUGCAACUUCCUCUGAAACCCUGCUGAGAUUUCAUGGUUUUCAAUUCCUUAUGUUCAUUCAGGAUUCACUGGUGUGUUGUGAGUCAGAGAAACCAAAAUAUAAUCAUGUGACAUUCAGUUGUUGUGGUGGAGACGUGACAAAACCAGAAAAUCCUCACAUUUCACAAAGUGGAGCCCCUGAAAUUCUUUUUACAAGGAACUAACGAUUAUAUUCUCUGCUUGUGUGUGUGUCUGUGUGUGUGUGAUGCCUCAUUAAUCAAACGUCUGAAAACAACUACGAAAGUAUUUCACUAAAUAUUCAGACUUAAUCAACAGCGACUAAAGUUCAAGCUUAUUUAUUGAGAGUUAAACAUUAAUAAAGCUCAUCAUCAGGACUGCGGCUGCAGGAUGAUCACGUUUAACAGAUCCAGUUAAAAUAAGCAUCGCAUCAAACCACAGUUUAAAGGUCGGGUCACAUUUCAGGAAGAAGCUGAAGGAACGAUGGAUAAACUAAAAUGUAAAAUGAAAAUGUAGUUUGUGAAGUUAUCAGAGUGGAAACACAGUGAGGUGGGAAUAUUUAAAUACUGCUCCGGUGUCUCUGGCAAAAAGAAGGAUUCAUAUCACUUAUGACACGAAAUACAUAAAAACCUGUUUGAUUAUCUGUAUCACCGAGCUAGAGGAAAGUGGAUGUUUAGGACGAACAAGGUUUCAGGACGGUGACGGUUUGUUUAAUUGUGAUUUUGAACAUGUUUAAUUUGGGGUUUUUGUUGAGUGAAUUUAAAGAUAUGAAAUACCGGGAUUUGAUUUGGCUGUCAGCACCUGCCCUUUCAAAGUAAAAUAAUGUAAACAUGAAAAAUCUAAUCAAAAUAAUCGAGACAAUGUUUAAUCAGGUCAAAUAUUUUAUUUAUUAGAUGUUCUGCUCAUGAUCAAAAUAUGUUGAAAUGUUUAAAAUUCACUUUGUUCAUGUUUACAUGUCUCAUCACACAUCUUGAUAAACAACUGUAAAAUAUCUGCAGGUGAAGUUUUCACACGUUACAAACAGGAAGUGAUGACGUCACAUGUUGAAUCCAGAGAGUUUGAGGAUCAGGUUAAUAUUUGGAAUUGUUUCUGUUGGUGUUUCUUUAUGUUAUUUUUCUUUCACUUUCUGCCAUUCCAGAAUGAGUCUGCCUUAUUUCCAUAUUUCUGAAUGUGAAAAUCAGUUGUAAAGCAAAGUGUUUUAUGACAAUAAAAUUCAAGGUUUUUUAACUGGU